AUUAUUCGAACAGCCACUUAUAAGUAUACGGAUAGGGAAUGAAAGGAAAUAAGAAGUAGCCACCAUAAUUAACAGAAUUUAUUAAUGAGCCGUGGAAAAAAAUCUCCCAUUUCUGUUAACAAAGACAAAAAAAAGUUUGUUAAAUAUAUGUCUGAUUUGUCUAAGAAAACUCGCAACAUAAGAUUAAACCGGUUCAAACGAAAAGAAACUAAAUGAAUCAGUCUCACUUAAUUUGGUAUCAUAUGUGUUCUAACAGAAGACAGAAAUUAAAAUUAUGGCAUAAAAGUUAUCUAUUGUGCACCAAAUUUUCUCUGUGUUGCCAGAAAUCUUUAUUGUUUCAUCAUAUUUGAGAAUGAAGCGACGAAAAGUCUCGGAACUUCUGCUGUGGAAGAAAAAGACCUCCGUAAUGAUGGCAGGGACAUGAAUCUGGCUGUGGCGUUCUUGGAAUGGUCACUUCACACCAAGAACUUUGGAGCUGAAAUGCUGUUCCUGCUGAGACCAUUAUGUGAUUAAUGGAACUAGCAUAUGAAAGAACAACUCCCCGCAUCUCUCCUAUGCCUGGGAUGAUAUCGGCAUGUCAAAUUUCAGUGCAAAUGGACUGAAUGCUUGGAGGUUGACAAGGCGCGAGUCUCGUCUGUUUCCUCCAGAUUCACUGAAAUUUCAUUCGUUUGUUGUGGAAACUGGCUCGAAGCUGCGAUGUGGGAGGAAGGAUAGUCCACAGGCGAGGAAGGGUAGGCGGUCUGCUGGCGAAGAGUCAGCUGCGAGGCAGCUGACUUAUUGCUGCUGCCACGUCGAGAACAGUGAUAUCACCUCUGCGGUGAAGUUCCGCUUGGGCAGCCCCACUUGCGUCCCGGACUGUGGCUGCUGCUUGGAAGAGACUUGUGACGAAACUGUAGGCUCAGCAGCUUUUGUGCCCGAAAAAGACUGUCAGGUGCGUCAGAUCCGUUGUGCCAUGAAAAGACGGGCGAGUAGUGAUCCGCGCCCUAGGAAGGUUGCGAAGGUGUCCGUUCGGCACUUGGCUGUUACCAACAAACGGAAUUCUGUAAAUACAAAAGGAAUAACACAAUUACAGCCAUCAGUUAUUAAAGACAGUGAUGUGGCAAUUUCCAGUAACUCUCUUUCUUACCAACCUCGUAACCAGAAGAUAGGGAAGGGAAAACUUUCUGCUGAACGGUUGUCUCUGUUCUGGAACCCUUCUGUGCAUCUCCAGCGACUUCCUGCCGAAAUCGUCAAGUGCUACUUGUCCAGACCGACUGUCGUGUUGUCGAGGUUACCCGAUAGCCUAUUUCAGUGCCAACAGGUUUCUUCUAAAAAGGUUCCUGUUACUGCAGCAAGUGCACCUGAGAAACGUUUGAACGCUGACUCAAAACUAAAAGACCAGGAAAGAAAGAAGCUGAAGAGGAAUGACCUUAGCACCCUGGACCGAGUGAAGACUCGUAACACGGAAGCAGUUAAUACCGACAGCAAUACAAAGUCUGCAAAGGAGGGGGCUCCUGUGACUUCAGGAAGUGAAUCUCAAACACGAUCUAAGUCUGAACCAAGACCAGAAGACUUGGAAAAGCAAAAAAAGAGCAACAGUGGCCUGAGGACAGUGGACAAGUUCAAGAGUUCUAGUACAAACACGAUCCAUGCUAAUGUUAAUACGAAAUCGGCACAAAAGGUGGAGGUUCCUGUGAUUUUAGGACGUGAAUCUCGAACACGUUCCAAGUCUGAUCUGAGACGAGAUGAGUUGGAAAAAAGAAAAAGGAGCAGCAGUAGCCUGAGGACAGAGGACAAAGUCAGGAGCCGUAGUGCAAACUCUGUCCAUGCUGAUGUUAAUAUGAAUUCAGCGCAGAAGGUAACUCGUCAGGCUGUAGCCAAUCAGAAUGCUCUGUCACCAGUAAGGAACCUGUGUUCCAAUUCUCCUAAAAAACCUGAAAGGAAAAUGUAUAGAAAUGCAGGAGAAGUAGUUAAUGCAGAGGUAAAAGAUGUCCACUCCAAAUCUACCCGUGCUGGCACCCACAAAGCAGAGGAACAGACGAAAUGGAGAAGGAGUAAAAGUGCAGAAGCGAUAUUUAAUGGAGCACAAAAUGGAGUUAAAUCAAAUUUGGGCCGUGUUGCUGCCGAUAAGUUGGAGGAACAGGUAUUAUGUCAUCCAGUAACACGACACAGCACAUCUUCAGCCUCAUCACUAUCAAACAGUUUGCGGCCGAAAUCUCCCUCAAAGACUGAUGGUCUGUCGGUAGAAGAAAGGAAUUAUUUUCCACAGUUAAAAGUUACUAGACUAUUAGAACUCACUAACAACAAUAGGUCUGCGGGCACUAUUGAUGAAUUGGUGCAAGAGAUGUGUUCUCCAACUUCAGCAAACAUGCCCCCAAAAAAAUCAGAGAUUACACCAGAAGAGAAACCUUUGAAAAGAAAUGUUAGAAGGCCAAGACGUGAUGAAACUGGCGGUGGACUUCCAGUGGAAAGUCCUGAGGACUGUAAAGAAGAUGGUGUUAAGAAUGGAGAUAAAAAUCCUGCCUUGGAGAUUUUGUGCCAUGUUGUACAGAUACGUUCUCCAGCUUCAGCAGGCACACCUCAAAAAGAUUCAGAGACUGCACUAGAAGAGAAAUCUUUGAAAAGGAAAAGAGGAAGGCAGAGACGAGAUGAAACUGGCAGCGGACCUUCAGUGGAAAAGUCGGAGGACCAUAGACACGAUGGAGUUACUAGUAGAGAUAAAAAUGAUUCUGCCCUUGAGAUACAUUCUCCAGCUUUAGUAGACACACCCCACAAAGAUUCAGAGACUACACUAGAAGAGAAAUCUUUGAAAAGGAGAAGAGGAAGGCAAAGACGAGACGAAACGGUCAGUGGUCCUUCAGUGGAAAAGUCUGAGCACCAUAAACACGAUGGAGUUGCUGGUGGAGAUAAAAAUGCUGCCCUUGAGCGGGCUCCUGUCACUGCAACAAAUGUACCUGAAAAAUAUUUCAAGAUUCACUCAAAACCAGAAUAUCUUGAAAGAAAGAAGAAAAGGAAUGACCUGAGCACCAUGGACCAAGUCAAGCUUUGUAACAUGGAAGCAGUUAAUGGCGACAGCAGUAAUAAGUCCGCAGAGGAGGAAGUUCUCGCGACUUCAGAAAGAGAGUCUAGAAGACGUUCCAAGUCUGAAACGAGACCAGAUGAUCUGGAAGAGAGAAAAAAUACAACUUUAGUCCAUGAUGGUGGUGACAGGAAGUCGGCACAUAAGGUGCAUUCCCAGCCAUCUCAAGAAUCCUCAGAGUCUACAUCAAAACUGGAGGAUGUGGGAAGAAGAAAGAGACAGAGUAGUGACAAUAAAGCUGCCAUUGCCACCGUGAUGAGUAGAGUGGAAGACAGUAUUAGAAGCAAAGUUCGUGCUGGAGAUAAGAAACACACACAGGAGGUGCAGCUCCAAGCUUCAUCUCAAGAGCACCCAAAGUCUGAGUCAUUAAUGAAAACUCUGGAAAGGAGAAGAGAGAAAAUAAGGUACAGGAAGAUGCAGGCCUAUUGUGCAACAUGUAAAAUGGAACAUAACAACAAAGAUGCAGUCACUGGCGGUGACAGGAAAUCGUCACGUGCGCGGCCUCCUGUCACUUCGGCAAGCGUACAAGGAAAGCGUUUCAAGGCUGACCAAGUACCAGAAGACCUGGAAAGAAAGAAAAAGAGGAGGAACAACCAGAGCACCAUGGACCAAUCCAAGAGUCAUGAUACAGAAGUAGUUAAUGCUGACAGCAAUAAAAAGUCUACACGGGAGGAGGCUCCUGUGACUGCAGCAAAUAAAUAUAGACAUCGUUCCAAGUCUGAAACAAGACCAGAAGAACUGGAAAAGAGAACAAAGAGCAGCAGUGGCCUGAAGACAGUGGACAAGCAAAAGAGUUCUCCUGCAGAGUCUGUCAAUGCUAAUGAUAAUAGAAACUCAGCCCAGAAGGAGGCUCCUGUGACUGCAGCAAGUAAAUCUAGACAUCGUUCCAAGUCUGAAACGAGACCAGAAGAACUGGAAAAGAGAACAAGGAGCAGCAGUGACCUAAAGACAAUGGACAAGGAAAAGAGUUCUCCUGCAGAGUCUGUCAAUGCUGAUGAUAAUAGAAACUCAGCACAGAAGGAACCUCCUGUGACUUCGCCAAGGGAAUCUCGAAGACGUUCUAUGUCUGUACCGAGACCGGAAGGCCUGGGAAAGCAAAAAAGGAGCAGCAGUCGACUUAGGACGGAGGACAAAGUUAAGAGCCCUAGUACAAAAUCAGUCAUUGCUGACGAUAGUAGGAAGUCAGCACAGAAGGAGACUCCUGUGACUUCAGUGAGGGGAUCUCGAAGACGUUCCAAGUCUGAACCGAGAGCAGAAGUCGUGGAAAAGAGAAAAAGGAGCAGCAGUGGCCUGAGGACAGAGGGCAAAGCCAGUAGUGCUAGUGGAAACUCGUUUAAUGCCAAUGUUAAUAGGACGCCAACACAGAAGGGGACUCCUGUGGCUUCAGUGAGUGAACCUCGAAGGCGUUCCAAGUCUGAACCACGUCUGGAAGGUUUGGAGAAUAGAAAAGGGAGCAGCAGUGACCAGAUGACAGAGGAGAAAAUCAGGAGCCCUAGUAAAAACUCAGUUAAUGCUGAUAUUAAUAGAAAAGCAGUACAGAAGGAGACCUCUGCAACUUCAGGAAGCGAAUCUAGACCACAUUCCAAGUCCGAAGUGAUACCAGAAGCACUGGAAAGGAGAAAUACCCAAAUCAGUGACUUGGCGACACCGGACAAAGUCAAGAGCACUAUCAGAGACUUGGUCAAUGGUGACAUCAAUAGGAAGUCAGUGCAGAAGGAGACCUCUGCAACGUCAGGACAUGACUCUAGACAACAUUCAAAGUCUGAAAUGAGACCAGAAACUUUGGAAAGGAGAAGUACAUACAUCAGUGACUUGGCGAUACCAUACAAAGUCAAGAGCACUAACAGACACAUGGUCAAUGGUGACAUCAAUAGGUCAUCAGUGGAGAAGCAAUCUCCUGGCACUUCGAGAAACAGCUCUCAGAUACAUUCAGAGUUGGAAUCGAGAGAGGAAAGACAGAAGAAAAGGCUGGAAAAGAGCAAUGAAUGUCGGGCACAGAUUACAAUGAUGAAUGGAGGUGAAGAAAAUUUUAGUAUUCCAGUUGUUGGUGCCAACGAAAACCCCACACAGGAGAUUCUUCCAAAAGCUGCAGCACACGCUGACAUGAGUGUACUCUCUAACAACAAACACCAUUACCCAGAUCAAGCCUCGAAGUUGCUUAACAAAAUUCCAACCAAAUUGGAAAGGUUAAAGGCAAAAAUAUGCCAGAAUACCAGUGUGAAUAAGCUUCAAGAUGUUACCUCAAAUUUUCUAUAUGGUGGCGAUAGUAAUGUGAGGACAAGGCAAAAGAUGCUGGAAUCUUUAGCGCCAUCUCCAAGUUGCAGAUCAGUGAGGUCCAUGUUAUCAGAAUCUCGUACCUCACUGAAUUCCUUGUCAUCUGAAGGAACAGAAUUUGAGAGCCCCGCUUAUGAACCUCUUGGUUCAUCACCUAUCUUCAUGCAGAAUUUGAGGGAUGAACAUGAAGAGAUUCAGAAAACGAAGGUAAUUUCUCCGAGCUGUCGUUCGGACUGCUGUAGUUUAAGACAGCCACAGGAACUGACUUCUCCACCACUGAAGAUACAAAUGCAGAACAAGACUGCAGUUCGUCGGCUAUCAGACGAGUUUGAUGCUGUGCCGUCCACUUCCAAGGGAACAGCUGCUCAUCGAAAAAUGGCAGAAGAGCAGAGGCUGAAAUGUUUGGUUGCAGCAGAGGAUGAUGGAAAUGUGGUUCCGUGCCACGAGGUGGAUGCUUCCUUUUAUGAAGAGUGGACGAAACGUGUAAGAGAAGCGGACCGGAAGGCAGAGGCUGGUUUUGCACCUAAAUAUUCCAAGAAAUACAAGGGCCGCAAAGAAACAUUUGAUGAGAUGCCAACUCCCAGUGACGAUGGGAAAGAAUUAAUUUUGUCACAGAAGCUCAGUUCUACUUCUCCCACGAAUUGCAAACAGCACAAUGUUGUACCAAACAAGCUAGCUCUGUUAGGUUGGAAAGAUUUGCACUCUCCAUCAAAUUGUGUCCCCAGUAACGAAUCCCCUGCAACAAGACCUCUCAACACAAGUGAUGGUGGGACAAAUGAUUCUGAGGAGGACUGCAUAAUUACUGAUGUUCGGCUUUGUAGCAGUCCUUCUAGUGUUCUCCACAAAACCCCACCAUUGGGUAUAAGGAAGAACUCCAGUACUAGUACAACACUAACAGGACAAAGAAAUCUGGGUAAAUCGCUUACAGACAUAAGACCAGAGCAGCAAAUAGGCGAAUCUAAUGAGUUAACAGUAAUUGGAGUCAGCCGUACCUCUAGUCCGAGGAAACGGCAGCAAUGUAAUAAGUCACAAUUUCAGAGCAGUGCCUUUAGUGCAUGCCAUUGUCGUUCCAAGCGUGUCCAGCGAAGAUGUCGUUCCGCUAGCCCGAGGCUGUGCAGUGUCAACGAUUAUUACAGAACUGAGGAUGACGAUGACGAAGACGACGAUGACGACUACGAUGACGACAAGUAUGAUUUUGAUCCCGUCACACGUCUACAGCAGAUAAACAAGCAGAUAGAGCUAUUGGAGAACAGCACACCACAAGUGAAUCCGUUAUGGAGGCGUAAAACAAGGAAUCGUGCAUCACUUCUAGAAGGAAAUGGUGUGAAUAAGGUAAAGUCAGAUGGCUACCGAGAGGACAGUGAGGAUGACGACAAAUCAGUCAUCAUUGUAGCUGAGCGAAAUCCAUGCUUCAGUCCGAGGUCUCCGAGCUAUACACCCCCGGAUCUCAGAGCUAAGAGAUCGAGUACUGAACAGUGUGGGUCUUUGACAGUUGAGAAUGUUGCUAAGCAUAACAAUUUCUUGAAGAAUAGUAUUUCUGGCCCAUCCUCAUCGUCAUCUUUGUCAUUGUGUGGCUUGAGUGAUUCAGACGACGAUGCGUCAGUCUGUUGCGUCUCAAGGGGUAUGGUGACGCCAAGGAAAGGACCGGACCGGGAGCCUUCCUUUACGGAGGCUUCUACACCCAGGACAAAUGGUGUUUCGCCAUGCCUCUCUCCUACAACAAAGAGCAGAUCGAGGUGUUCGUCGCGGAAUGAGGAUAAUAGCAUGACAGAUUUGCCAACAUGCUCGGCUACAAAAACCCACACUGUCAUUGGACAGAGGAAUGGCGCAGAAAUGCUACAUCUGUUUGCUUCCCCAGCGAGUUGUGUUACAGAUGAAGUUUCACCUGUUUUGAACAAGAGGAGGAAUCCACCAUUUAAAGGUAGUGUAAACAGUGCAAAACACAACGGACUGCUGGAUUCAGUCAGUAAAGACCCAGACGUAUCAUUGCGAGGACACAGUUCUCAGCUAGUCACUCCAUCUCUAUCAGCUGCUAGAAUGGCUACUGUUUUCUGCCACCGUUCAGAUGGUGUGCAGGAAAUAGAAGAUACUUUGUCUCAAGAGAAUGACAUAAAUAGUAUGAAUGAAAAAGAGUCAGUCAGGAGAAAUCUGAAGACGCCAACAGAACUGCAUGUCAGGAGGCUGUCGUCACUGUCUCCUAUGGAGACCUGCUACGGCCCUCCUUCUUCACCGGGCGAGCAGAGCAGUGAAUGUUCUAUGGAGAGGCGAAUGUCUCUUUCUCAGCAUUCUGUAAGCAGUAUGGAGAAGUCCAUGUUAUUACAUUUAUUCGACGAAAUACGGACAAUGCCACAAUUGGAGAAGGGUAUCGAGAGAGAUGAGGAAGAAGAUUCGGUGUCUGCUGGAAACGUCUCAAUCUGCGUUGAUGGCUCUCAGUCAUCUGGCGAGUCGGAUGAUUUGGAUGCUGAACGCAGGGACACUGAUGCAGAGGUGGUGGCUGAAGGAUUUGGCUUGCAAAUAACUCGUGGUGAUUUAGCUACUUUAUCUGGGACGAACUGGCUGAAUGAUAAAAUUGUGAAUUUCUACUUGAAACUUUUAACAGAAAGAGGGAGACAGAAUAGGGAACCAGAAGUGUAUGCGUAUGACACAUUUUUCUUCCCAAAACUGAUUAAAUGUGGCUAUGAAAGUGUCAAGAAAUGGACUAGAGUGGUAGAUGUAUUCAAACAUGACAUUUUGAUAAUUCCGGUUCACCUGGGAACGCACUGGUGUAUGGCAGCUGUGGAUUUCCGAAAGCAGACACUUGUGUAUUACGACAGUAUGGGCGGAGAGAAUGAGUCAUGUCUGAAGACCAUAUGGAAUUACUUGAAUGAAGAAUGUGCACAAAGAUCAGUUGAGCCACUAAGUGAAGAAAUAUGGCAAAUCCGGUGUGCGAAGGAUAUCCCGAAACAAAGCAACAACAGUGACUGUGGUGUCUUCAUGUGCAAGUAUGCUGAAUGCAUUACACGUGAUGCUAAGCUGGAGUUCUCCCAGAGCGACAUGCCAGAGAUACGAAUGGAAAUGAUGGAAGAAAUACAAACAAUGACCCUGCUUCACCCCUGAAUGUGUAAUUGCUGACAGCUUUUGCACACAGAAAUCAAGGAAAAUUUACCAUUUGAGGCAUCAUUGUUUCACACACUUCAGUUAACAUGGAAGAACUAUAAAAAAGUGCAUGCUUAGAAAUAAGAUGAUGGUCUUUUUAUUGGUAUUUUCUUUCUUUCUUAUUAAAAAUUUACUUGUGUUUUAUGUCAGUGUGAGGAAAGACAUUUUUUAGUCCUGUAGAGGAAUACCAUUGCGUUAAAUGCUAACAGCUUUUUUAAAGAUUGCACUGAAAGUUCCGAUGUAAAUGAAGAAAGAUGGAACUACAAAAACUGAUGUAUCUAUAUGUACAUAAGCAUGGAAUUUAUUUUCAUAUGUUCCUAUAGGUCUACAACUUUGUAAAUUCAUUCAGAGAAGUGAGAUAUCAGUGUCAUUAUUGUUGAUGUUAUUAGUAUAUGUGUACAAGACUGUGAUGUAAUAAAUUAUAUACUAUAUUA